AUGCCUCAGCAUGGCAAGUCUGAGGGCAGAGCAGUCCAGGUGGCAAGAGCCUUCUUUCAAGCGUGUACCAAACUCUCAGACGACAACGAGGAUAUCUUGCCUCAGGAGGAUGCAGUGGACUACAAGCUCUCAGUCUUUCAUCUCUUCGCUGAACUUUUCCCGGAGUUCGCCAACACGGGCAAGAACGGCCUCAUGCGCCUCCAGUUCAACAAGCUCGGGUACGAGAUGUACGAGAAGGAGCAGAGCAGGCGCGUGCCUGCCGUCCGAGCCAAGCCCGGCAACCCAGGCUACGGCUUCCGACGAGCGCGUUGGCGGGACACAGCCAACGUUGCACAGGACGCGAGGAUCUGCGAGGGAAUCAUGAGCAGCAUCGGCGUGAGCAAGGAGCGCAUCGAGAGGAUCAAGAAGCGAGUCAACGACUUCCGCGUUGAGUGGGAUGCCGUCCGGCGACCCUCCCGACCGGCUGGGCCCGGGAGGCCUCGGGCCAUGAAGCGAUCCUACGACGACCUAGAGGCGACGCCGAUGGAGGCCGUGGGGGUCAGCGACGACUUUGUACCUACCCGAGCUUGCCUUCAGCUUGGCCCGCCCCAAGCGAGCCCUUCCCAGCUGCCUCCCCAGCUGGCCUCGCACGGCAUGUUGGAGUACGCGGGGCCUCCAUGGGGGCACAUGGGGAUGAUGCAUAGCCCUGGUGGUCUGCUGGGCAAGUUCGGGUACACGAUGGAGGAGGAGAGGUGGGGGAUGCGGCACUUCAUGCAUGAGCCCGCGGGGGGGAUGCUGCCGGAGCAUCACGCGCAUGGCAGCAUGCACGGGGCGAUGCCCUUCCAGGGCUCCGUCGACCCCUUCGCGUUCCCUCACCUCGCCUGCGGACCGUCUGGACUAGAGCCGAGCAUGAGCCGAGGUAGUCAGUAUCCCCUGGCAGCUCCUAUGGGAGUUUACGAGAUGUUCGCCGCUGGUGGAGACAAGAGCUUCAUGCCCUCCUCAGGAGCUCAUUACAACCUCAACUUCGAGGAUGAGUUGAGGGACCUGAUGCAGGACAACGAGAACCUGCGAGCCUACAACGUCUCGCUCAUCACUGAGCGCGAGCGGCUCAACUUUGAGAUCGCACAGAGCGAGUCUGCUGGUGCUCGGCUGCAGAGCUCUACAGUCAGCUGGGGAGAAGCUGCUCCUCGUUGCCGCCCGGCGCCUCCCGCAUGUGAUGGAGGUGCGAACCGUGAAGUCGCUGCAAGCUCUGACAGUGGAGCAGGGAAAGUGGAGAACGAUCCCAACAACGAGGCGCAGAGAAACGCAUUCAAGCUUCUUUGGCAUCAGCCAGCAGUCUCUGACCGUGGCAUUUGGCAGUUCGUGCGGACGGUGUACGAGGAGUACAGUCGCUUCCAUGGCAUGCCGCUGCAUGCGGACCUGUUGAUGUCCCACUCGUCGCGUCCUCCCCUCCCCGAGUGGACUGAGCGAGAGCCCCAGCCCUCCUUCUCCCACUCGUGGCGCGGCCCGAUGGAUCCUUACGGGGGCGAUGCGGUUGGGAAGCAGAUUGGGUGGAGGGAGGGGAGGAGGGACGAGAUGGCCGCUGCCGUCAGCUCGCACACGGACAUGAAGCAAGACGAGCGACUGAGAAACGUGGAGGAGAUGAGGAGACGACGAGCAGCGGGUGAAGCAAACUUUGACAUGAUGGGAGGGCGCAAUACGGGGCAGGGAGGAGGAGGAGGAGAAGGGGGGGCAGGACGGGGGCAGGACGGAGCAGGACGAGGAGGAGGAGGGGUCGGGUACAUGUACAGAAGCUAUCUUCGAUGA